AUGCUUUGGAUACAACGAAGAUUCUUGAGCCGUUGUGCCGACUUGCUUCGUACGGAAAUGGCGCGAAGUUAUUUUCAAAUUAUAUCCGCUAAGCUGAAAGCACUCCAUAAAAAUGUGGGUGAUGUAUCGAGGAUUGAUAAUUCUGCUUCUACCACACACUUAAAAACUGUGACAACAUUGGCUCACACAUUUUACGAUAAGUUGGAAAUGCUAACACAGUUGGAUAUGCUUUUAAAAGUGGAAAAUGACGCAGAAAUACAAGAAAUUGCCAAGUUGGAUAGUGAACGAUUAACGGAGGAAUUGGAUAGUGUUGUGAACGAAUUAACUGAUGCCAUAAUACCCGUUACUGAAUACGAUUCGCUAAGCAAUUGUCAACUAGAAAUCACUCCAGGUGUAGGCGGUAUUGAAGCAUCCUUAUUCUCAGCCGAAUUAACUCAAAUGUACCAUAAUUACGCCCAAUUCAUGAAGUGGAAGUGGACGCCUUAUCAAAUCGAUGCUUCACCAUCGGGAGGCAUACGUAGUGCUGUAAUUUUUGUGGGAGGUAACGGAGCAUUUCGAGCGUUACGUUAUGAAGCCGGUGUUCAUCGUGUACAGAGGUUUCCAGUAACGGAUAAAACACGCAUGCACACAAGUACAUCUGUUGUAGCUGUUCUUCCGGAACCAGAAAAGAUAGAAGCUUGCUUGACAUCAGCUGACGUGAAAGUAGAAACAAUGAGAGCUUCGGGUCCUGGUGGCCAAAAUGUCAAUCAGCGAUCCACAGCGGUCCGUCUAACGCACCGUAAAACGGGUAUAACAGUGCACUGUACCGAUGAAAGAACGCAAUAUUCUAAUAUGGAAAUAGCGUACAAACGAUUAGCUGCGAUACUGUUACAACGGAAACUUGAUGAAACGCAGAAGCAGUACUCAUCAUCCAGAAAACUACAAGUAGGAACUAAGGCACGAGCUGAAAAAGUACGAACAUACAAUUUCAAGGAUGAUCAAGUAACAGAUCACCGUUUGGGUAAAACAUGGCAAGGUGUUGCAAAUGUCAUGAAGGGGAGCAGUGUUUUAAAUCAAAUCAUUCAAUCUCUACAUGAACUAUCAAAAGCUCAGUAUUUAAAAGAAAUCUUGAGCGCAGAGAAUUGUAAUACCAGAUACACUAGUUCUAAUAUUUAA